AUGCAAUCACACCUCCCUAGCGUGGAUCAUGCGCCAUGGCAAUAUUCCCAUUCGAUGCCUGAACAUCAGUGGCUCGCUGCCUCGACGAUAGCAACACGCUCUAUGUCAAAUGAACUGCUCAUACCUCGGGAAAGACCACCAAAGUCCCUCCCACAGAUAAUCGCAUCUCGUUUCCAGUUUGCCAUCGAUGUCCUGAAGAAUACGCCCAAGAUCAUGGUACUUGAAAAUCAAACCCCUUGGUGCCACCGAUACCUUUAUAAGGAUCAUAUGCCUAAAUCAAUAAAAGACGCCUAUACAUGCUGCUCGUUGUAUAUGUCCAAAAAUGAAAUCUACGCCGCACUCAUUAUGUCGUUGAUUGACGAUCGAAUGCGAGACGUGCUUCUGUUACCGGAACCCAAUUCGGACCUAGAAAUCCUCACUCUUAAUCAUUCAUUAAUUCUUUUUCAAAUAAUGCGACUCUUCGAUGGCGACAUCUGCUCCCAGGCAACAGAAGAUCAAACCUUGGCGACACUUGAAUCGUCAGCCUAUCUACUGUUGCAGCGACUAGAAUCUUGGGUGCUACAAGAAUCAGCAAGAAAAACAGUACUUUGCGCGUUUUACUUCAUUAAAAUUUUCAAGCUCCUUCGUGGGAAGGCUAAGUGCACCGUAACAUACACUCUCUUUGGAGAACACGCAUUCUACUCUCGGCCCAUCUAUGGCAGGCUCAAAACGUGUUUGACUUCGCUGAUGUUUAUUCGGAAAGAAAACACUUCGUCGUUCAUAAUCUUGAGAUUUCCUCUGCUCUACAAGAUGCUCAGCCUAGCGAUCUCGAUAUGUUCGGAAAAAUGCUUCUAG